AUGCAACAGCAAAGAGUUGAUCUGCUGCUGACGGCGUGCAGUGAAGACAAAUACACUUGCGGUGAUGGGGCGUGCAUCAGCAAGCACCGCCGCUGCAACUCGGUUGCCGACUGUUCCGAUAACAAAGACGAGUUUAACUGCAGCGUACUGAGCAUCCCGACAGGCUACCGCAAAGAGCGACCUCCCACGGCACCGUCAGGAGGACCUCUUGAAGUCGAGCUGGUCAUCGGCAUCUCCUCUAUCAAGAAGUUCGACCUCGUGGACUUCAAAAUCAUCUUCAACGCUAGAGUGACUCUGAAGUGGCGUGACGCGAGAGUGACUUACCUCAGUCUGCAGGAUGAUUAUUAUAUAAACAGGGUGAAGGAUCAUCGGUCCAUUUGGAAGCCCCUCCUCUUUAUAAGAGACGAAGUAGGAAUCGUAAGUUUUGAGUUCCCUCGGUCGGCUCUGUAUGUUAACCGAACCUCCGACCCGAUACUGGAUGACGACCAAAUACUGACAGAAAGUUAUGCUUUCAGCGGAGCUACCAACGUUUUGGUACACGAGCAAGAAGGAUCUCUGACAAUAAUGUCACUACAACCUACACAGGCCUCCGCUGUCCGCUUCGAUGGGCGGAGAGAACUGCUAGAAUACGAACUUCUCAGAGAAAGACUAGAAAUCCUCGCCAAACGCAAUGUCAGUUAUGCCAAGGUGCAGUUUGUGUUUAAGAAUCGUUACGUGUACUACAUUGGGAAUGCUUUUACACCGAGUCUGAUGAUGGUGAUAAUCUGCUUCCUGACGUUCCAUUUUGAUCUCCAGGAUUUCCAGGAUCGCAUAAUGGUGUCCCUGACCUCGCUCCUCGUCCUGGUCACCUUCUUCAGUCAGACGAGCCAGUCCAUCCCCAAGACGUCCUACGUCAAGCUCAUCGACGCCUGGUACUUGGCUCUCAUCGCGGAGGACUUGCUGGCGAUCGUGGCGCUGGUGUACAUAGAGAGGAUGCGCUUGGGGGAGAAGAAAAUCAUUUCCAAAGAAAAACGCGAACGACUGUACCUUGUUUCUAAACCGGCUAAGAUGAAUAAGGUCUUCUUGUUCAUCUUCCCGACGUCUGUUCUUCUUCUAUCUUAUUUUGUUUUCAUGUCUGUAUCCAAUUUUUUCGGGUUGAAUCGGGAAAGAAAAUUCAGUUGUUCUGCACUCUGUGGAACUGUUAGAUUUUGA